AUUACACUUAUUUAUUUGCUUGAUUUAUUUUUUUGAAUAUGAAUACUUAGCUUACAUGUAUGUAUGUGUACCAUAUGUAUUCUUGAUGCCUACAGAGGUUACCAUAAAGGUUAGAAGAAGGCACUGGAUUUGAACCUAGAUCCUCUACAGGAACAGCCAGUGCUUUUAACCCUCUCUUCAUCUUUCUAUCCCUUUAAUGAGAAAAUUAAUAACAUUGGAUUAGGAGAUAAUUUGAGUAUUGUUUUGUAGAAUUAAUAAUAAGUUUUUGCUCACAGUAAAAGAAUAUCAAAAAAAGCUUUCUCAACAAAUUUAAGACAUUUGUUUUUGUUCUCUCUAGUUUGUUGAAUAUAGUUAAGGAAUAUAGGCAACAUGUUCUACACUCAUGUGCUUAUGAGUAAACGAGGGCCAUUGGCCAAAAUAUGGCUUGCAGCUCACUGGGAGAAGAAACUCACAAAGGCACAUGUGUUUGAGUGUAAUCUGGAGAUAACCAUUAAAAAAAUUCUCUCCCCCAAGGUGAAAAUUGCACUCCGAACUUCAGGGCACCUUCUUUUGGGAGUUGUUCGAAUCUAUAAUAGGAAGGCAAAAUAUCUUUUGGCAGAUUGCAGUGAAGCAUUUCUUAAGAUGAAGAUGACAUUUCGCCCAGGACUGGUUGACCUCCCAAAAGAGAAUUUUGAAGCAGCAUACAACACUAUCACAUUACCAGAAGAAUUUCAUGAUUUUGACAUCUAUAAUAUGAAUGAUAUUGAUAUUUCAGAGCCCCUUGCUCAGAACCAAAGCAAACCAGAGGAAAUCACACUUAGAGAAGAAUAUAGCAAUGAUCUACUUUUCCAAGCUGAGAGUUUUGGGAAUGAACCUGAAAUCCUCAGAAGACAGAGCUUAUUUGAUGUCAGCGUAUUAAUGAACUCCAGUGGUCUUGUAGUUGAACAUAGUUCUGGAAGCCUCAUUGAGGAAAAAUCUUUGUUCUUUGACAAUGGAGAUGGAUUUGGAGAUGAAGGGUCUGCAGGAGAAAUGAUUGACAAUCUGUUGCAAGAUGAGAAUACCCUUUUAGAAGACAUAUAUUCAAACAAGGAAACUUCUCUGCCUCCUGAGCUUCCCAGUAGUAUAAUAGUAGAACCAGGUAAUUCAGAUGACCAGAGCCUACCUGAAGAUGAAAAAGUAGAUGAAACAUUAUCAAAUGAAGAAGAAGGGUUUACUCUUGACCCAAUUGAUGGUUUAGACAUUGCUGAGAGAAGGAAAAACAAAAAAAGGAGGUUGCUCAUAGAUCCCGUCAAGGAGAUAAGUAGCAAGACUAUGCAUAAGCAGCUGACUUCCUUCGUUGACACUCUCAUGGUUCUGGACCUCGCACCCCCCACACAAAGACUGAUGAUGUGGAAGAAGAGGGGAGGAGUGGAUACACUUCUGUCAACCGCCACCCAGGAUCUGAUUCAUGAUGAACUGAAAAAGUUGUUUGCAAAAUGCUUCCUGUCCACUGACUUAAAACUUGCAAAAUUUGUACAGAAGGAGUCAGAAAGGAAAGAAGUGGGAACCAAAAACAUUUUGGAGUCCUCAGUGGUAGAAGAGCCAAAUUCCCACGGAGAGUUAGAUCAACCCCAGGUUUGGAAUGAUGUGAAUGAUGGCUCUAUGGGAAACUUUCAGCAGGAUAUCACUAUGAAUAUUAACUCUGAGCAGGAUAUCUUUGACAUGACUUCUUCAGCUGCUGAGGAAUUAUCUUCAAUGAAUGCUUCCUUGGCCCAAGAAAAUUGUCCAGUUGAAUUGGAGUCAUUAGCCAGCAAACAAAAUACUGAGACAGAGAAAUGGAAUCAACGAUUAUUUCAGACAUUAAAUGAAUUACGGGAAUCCAACAAGAUGGGAAUGCAAACUUUUAGUCUGAUGAAGCUAUGCAGAAAUUAUGACCGGAAGCAAACAGCUGCCAAAUUUUAUACCUUUCUUAUCUUAAAAAAACAUCGAAUUAUUGAACUGAGCCAGAGUGUUCCCUAUGCAGAUAUUGUAGCUACAGUGGGACCAAUGUUCCAUAAGAUGUGAGAGAGAUCCAGAGCAUGCAGGUGUGUGCCAUCACUGGCACUGCUGCAUAGACUGUUUAGUUUGCUGGAGAAGCUAUCUGGAAGCAGCAGAUGUCUGGCCACUUCACAGACAGGCUGGCCUCCCAUUUUCUAUCUAGAGACAGAGCAGUUACAGCCAGAAUUGGAAACCUAUGUGGGGACAGUUAAGUCAUUUUUAACUUAACUAAUUUGAAUGUAUGGCAUUUAUCAUUGCCCUCAUCUGAGUGUUGCAUUUAGAUUGUGUUUAUGGUACAUUAUAAAAUAUAGUGUACUUCCAGGAAACAUUCAAGAUUGUUUUGUAAAGACUGCUUUACAUUGGAUUAUUAAAGUUUGUAGAGUUAAUGAAUAGUUAAUAUUUUCUUACUUGUAGACAUUAGUUUAUUUGAUCUACUUUGUAACAUCAUUGAUAGUACCUAAUUCCCUGGAUUUUAAUCUAAUAUCUUAGUUAAAGAAUUAUAAAACUUGUUUUAAAUUACCUGAGUUACUUAUAAUCUGGUUAUGGAUCAUUUAAUUUUUUCAUUUAAUAUUUAAUAACUUUUAUGGUCACCAUUAAUGUCCUAGCAAAACCAAAUCUGCUUAUGUUAAAAAAACAAAACAAAAACUGGCAGACACUUGUUAAUGUUUUAUCUGCACGUUCAAUCUUAGUAAAGACAACUGCAAAAGAUACUCUUAAUUUUUGUGUACGGAGCAUUUUAGACAGCAAAAUCAUUUGUUUUCUUAGUUGAUGUUUGAGUCAAAAAUUUUCAUAUGCUCUAUGAACUUCAAAAUACUCUGUAAAAAGUGGCCUAAGGCACUGUAAAUAAUGGUACUGGGUUACACUGUAAAACAGUUCCAUUCUAAAGAGAUUCUUUGAGUGUAUUUAAGAUACAAAUAACAGAGUUGUCUUAAAUAUUUUUACUUUCAAAUUAAUACAGAAAUUAAUUGGCUUGAUUUUUGGUGUAUAGGCCUAUAAUUUAUAUAUUUAUGUCAGAUCACCUCUUUAAAAAUCCUUUUCAGGGGACUGGAGAGAUGGCUCUGCAGUUAAGAACACUGACUACUCUUCCAGAGGAUCCAGGUUCAAUUCACAGCACCCACAUGGCUGCUCAUAACUGUAACUGUCUGUAACUCCAGGGGAUCUGACACCUUCACGUCAAUGCAUAUAAAAUAAAUAAGUUUUAAAAAAAUGUUUUUCAGGUUAUCUCCCUGUGGUAGUCCCUCUAUUCUAAUAGCUGUGGCCUUCAUUCUCCAUGACUACACUUUUGUCUCUUUGGAAAUGUUAUAUAAAUGGAAUUAUGUGGCAUGUAACCUUCUGAGAGUGGUUUUUUUCACUCAGUAUAGUAGCAUCCAAGUGCUUUCGUGUAUCCAUGUUUUGUUCCUUUUAAAAGUCAAGUAGUAUUCUGUUGUCUAGAUAUAUCAGCUCAUUUAUACUCUUACCCAUUAAAAGACAGUUAUUUCCAAUUUUGAUAAUUUUAGAGCUAUAAGCAUAUAUAGUUUUAUACAAUUAAAAGUGUUUAUUUCUCUGAGUAGCAUUUCUAAGUUGUGUAAAUGCAUAUUUAAAUUUAUAAUAAAUUAUUUGCCAGAAGUUAUACCAUUUUGCAUUUAUAAUAAAAUAUGAGAGCUUCA